CUUAAUAGCGGCCCAAUUUUAUGUAGGACCGAUGGGCCUCAAGUGGGGACCACCUAUCCUGUUCGUGUCCAUUGUUCAUCUUCGUUGAGCUUAUGGCGCAGAAACGAGCGAGAGGUGAAAUUUUUCUCGAUGGGUUUCACUGUACUCCGAUCAAAUAUCUUCUCGACCCAUUUGCCGUUUAGAGAUCACCCGGUCGAAACCCUAACCCGAAUCCGAAACUCGGGAGUUCCGGGUCGGAUCGUCUUCCGGCUCCCGACCUCUCACCAGCUUCAGUUUCGCGGUAAUGUCGCCGGAGCUGAUGGUUCCGGCGCCGUUAAACGACGACGUUUGACUUUGGCCGCGAGCUCUCUCGAUCUUCCGCUUCUGCCCUUCAACAUGAACGAGGUUCUUGUUCCGACAGAGAGUAAAACGCUGCAUCUGUAUGAAGCAAGGUACUUGGCUUUACUUGAAGAGUCAUUACAGAGGAAGAACAAUCUGUUCGUGCAUUUCGUUUUGGAUCCCGUUUCGAUAAGUCAAACAGCAACCGAGGCAUCUUUUGCUGCCAGAUUCGGCUGUUUGGUCGUCAUAGAAAGUGUUGAGAGAUUAGACGUCGGUGCACUUGUCUGUAUAAGAGGCGUCGGUCGUGUCAAGAUAUCCAGGUUUUCAGUUUCGGAAGCAGAUCCUUAUUUGUCCGGGGAGGUCAACCCAAUGCGAGACUAUCUGGUUCUCGAGAGCGAUGAACUGAACUCUAAAGUUGCUAAGCUGAAGGAAUCUAUCAGAAACCUAAACAGCUUGGAGAUCAAACUCAAGGCUCCGAAAGAAGCGCCGCUACAAACUCGUAUAUACAAUUCUCUGAACUGGGCUGAAACCGAAACGCCAUUAGAAUGCGACGAAGCGUUCUUCCCAUCUACUGCAGAACGUGUUUCCUUCGCAGCACUUCAACCCGUUUCGGGAUCGACUGAAUCGGAAGUAACGAGGCUGCGAGAGGAGAAGAUAAGAGCGAUGGGGAUGAAGGAUACAGUGAAAAGGAUUGAACUUUCAAUGGAACUGAUAAAGGAGAACAUAUCUUCAGUUGCGGCCAAGCUCGCUAUCCAAUCUUUGGGUAUAAAGCCCUAAACCCAAGCCUUCAGAAUCAGGAGUCAGGACACACUUCAUGUACCAUCAUCCCCUAUCAAUUCUUUCUUUUAAAUAAUUUUUUUUUUUGUGGGAAUGUAAAAUGUGCACUGAUCCCCCAAAAGGAAAGCAUAAUAUAUAUAUAUAUAUAUAUAUAUAAUAAGCGAAUUUAUUGAUUGUUA